GGCAGUUGCCAUGGCAGUUGCCAUGGCAGUGGCCGGGCGCGUUUCUGGGCGGAGAGAAGAUGGCGGUGACUAGCUGGCUGGAGAGUUUGCGGUCGGCGGAAAAGACGGCGCUGCUGCAGGAUGGUAACUCGUGCUCCCCGACCCAGGGCGGGCCUGGCGCCGCCGACCCCAGGGAGGGCCUCAGCCUGGGUGGGCACAGCUGGAAGUGUAGCUGGCAGCCGUCUCGCCAGCUUCCUGCAUUUGCAGAGGAGGAAACUGAGGCCCAGCGAGUCUCCGGUCACCAACCUCUAAUUUUCCUUACACCAUCUCGCCGCGCUCAGAGUUUUGUUGGGAAGAGGAUGGUGCACUAUUUGUUCCCCGACGGGAAGGAAAUGGCGGAAGAAUACGACGAGAAGACAAGUGAGCUACUUGUGAGAAAGUGGCGUGUGAAAAAUGCCCUGGGAGCCUUGGGCCAGUGGCAGCUUGAAGUGGGAGAGCCAGCACUCUCAGGAGCCGGGAGCCUGGGAGCCGAGCUCAUCAAGGAGAGUAGUGCCAAUCCCAUCUUCAUGCGCAAGGACACCAAAACAAGUUUCCAGUGGCGGAUUCGAAAUCUCCCCUACCCAAAGGAUGUGUAUAGCGUCUCUGUGGCUCAGAAGGAGCGCUGUGUCGUUGUUAGGACAACUAACAAAAAAUACUACAAGAAGUUCUCCAUUCCUGACCUGGACAGACACCAGCUUCCUCUGGACGCCUCUGCCCUGAGCUUUGCUCAUGCCAACUGUACCCUGAUAAUCUCUUAUCAGAAGCCAAAGGAGGUCGUGGCAGCUGAGUCAGAGCUACAGAAAGAGUUAAAGAAGGUAAAGACAGCCCACAGCAGCGAUGGGGACUGUAAGACCCAGUAGCUGUCGUGGGCCUUGCACCUGCAGUGUGGAGGAGCCAUGAGACUUCCAGGCUUGCGCAUUUCUGCACGGGCAGCCUCAGGUCUUCUGAGAACUACAGUGUCCACGGAGCUGGAUGCCGGAGCGCAGCCCACUUCUGCCCGCAGCCUUGUUGCUGAGUAAAGUCAUUUGGAGUUGCUCUAAAA